UUCGGCCCCGCCCCUUCCGUCACGUAAGCCUGGGGUUGGUCAGUCGGUUGUUUGGCGGCGUUGACCUGCUGGCUGCUGUGGCUGCUGGUGCCGCUCUCUGUGUAAUGGGGAAGACGAAGCGAAGCCCCUUGGCGCGGGAGGGCGCCACCGACACGUAGCGGGGCCGACCCGCGCUGACAGGUGGGGGGCAGCCCUGGGAGACGACCCCCCUCAGGGCGCUUGUGAGGAACGGAAGCCUCUUCUGCUGCAUAGCGGGGUAGGAAGAAUGGAAGGCAACGGCCAACUUUGCAUUCAGCGUUGGUCUACCAGACAUGUAGCCAAAUGGCUGAAGGAAGAAGGUUUUUGUGAGUAUGUGGACGCUUUGUGUGAUAAACACAGAUUGGAUGGGAUUACAUUACUGACCCUAACAGAAUAUGACUUGCGGUCUCCUCCCCUGGAAAUCAAGAUUCUAGGUGAUAUCAAAAGGCUCAUGUUGUCAAUACGUAAACUACAGAAGCACCAUAUUGAAGUUCUGGAAGAGCUUGGUUACAGUAGCGAUGGUGCCACUGGCUCACUGUCUCCUGCUAUUGGCUCUCUUCAAGGGACAGACUGGUUUUGUAAUGGUGAAGUUCAGCGGGACUGUGAGGACUUUGAGCCUGUUGUUGACUUGAAUGCAGACCAGUAUCAGUAUGCAAAUGGAAAAAACAAACAUUCUGCGCGAAGACUGGACCCAGAAUACUGGAAGACAGCCUUGAGUUGUGUAUAUGUUUUCAUUGUAUUUGGCUUCACGUCAUUUGUCAUGGUCAUAGUGCAUGAGCGAGUACCUGACAUGCAAACAUAUCCACCAUUACCUGACAUAUUCCUAGACAGUGUUCCUAGGAUACCAUGGGCUUUUGCCAUGACAGAGGUCUGCGGAGUGAUUCUCUGCUACAUUUGGUUGCUCGUUCUCCUCCUUCACAGACAUAGAUCUAUCCUUUUAAGACGAUUAUGCAGUCUUAUGGGUACUGUGUUCUUGUUGCGUUGCAUUACGAUGUUUGUGACCUCACUGUCUGUGCCAGGCCAACAUUUGCAGUGUUCUGGAAAGUUGUAUGGCAAUGUAUGGGCAAAACUUCAGCGAGCCUUUGCAAUUUGGAGUGGGUUUGGCAUGACACUAACUGGAGUACAUACUUGCGGAGACUACAUGUUCAGUGGCCAUACUGUUGUCUUGACUAUGCUGAACUUCUUUGUCACUGAAUAUACACCAAGAAGCUGGAACUUCUUACACACUUUGUCCUGGGUGUUGAACCUCUUUGGAAUCUUCUUCAUUUUGGCUGCACAUGAACAUUACUCCAUUGAUGUCUUCAUUGCGUUCUACAUCACCACAAGACUAUUUUUGUACUAUCACACUUUGGCUAACACAAGAGCCUAUCAGCAGAGUAGGAGGGCCAGGAUCUGGUUUCCCAUGUUCUCUUUCUUUGAAUGCAAUGUAAAUGGUACAGUUCCAAAUGAGUAUUGCUGGCCAUUUGCAAAACCAACUAUAAUGAAAAGAUUAAUUGGAUAAAGAGCACCUGGUUUAAUUGACAUCUGUGUGAAGUAUUUGUGACUAACUUUCUACCAGAAGUCCGGGCAAAAAGGAUUUUCUCUUACCCAUGUAACAUCUAUGGCCUUGUUCUUUCUCAGAUGAGUAAGAUAGGUAACUGUUGCCAUUUUUAAAAAAUGUGCAGCCAAUGUUGUUACCUAUAGUAAGGUUCUGCAUGAAUGCAUUAGUUGGGUUACUAUUUAUUCUUCUGUGAUACUUAUUUGGGAGUCUUCAAAUUGUCCUUUGAAAGAGUUACUUGGGAUCCAUAGCUUCAAGUACCAUCUAGUUAGCAAGUCCCUUGGGGGGGGGAGUUGUAAUGCUUUAAAAAAACGAUUAUUUAAUGAAGCUGAAGUAUAUGUUGGGAGGGAAAGAGUGAGAAGAAAUGGUCCCCUGAUGAAAGCAUGUAGCAGCAUAGAGGUAAAUGGUGUAUAUCAAAGUAUCUGCUUCUGGGACAUAGUAUCAAAAUGACAACUAUGAACAAGGUUGCACUGAUUUGGCAUGAAUGAUUUCAUACUGUUAUGUUAUCCAGAGAUUUCCUUGUUUACAUUUCAGUGAAUUGGUAAGAAAUAAAUACUUUACCUUUUGAAAAAGAAGCUGACUUAGUUUUAGUGACACACUUCCCUCUGAAUACAGUAUUGAAUGCACAAAUAUGUUCAUGUUUUUUUAAAUAUUUCUGCUAGAAGAAUAGAUUAGGUAAAUUGGGAUUGUAGCAGGCAACAUCCCAUAGAGCAAAGGAAAUGUGUGGUGAUUUUAUUGUAUUUUAUUUUUGCAGCAGAGAGUAGUCAUUGAAUAGUGGCUUUUAGAAAUACCAUUAAUAGCUAUCUCUCUUCCUUCACCAUCACUACAGUUAUUGACUCUUCCACCCAGCAUUGCCACCCACAAAAACCUAACAGGAUAGCUAAAACUUCUGUUCAGUAUACUUUACUUUUUACAAACAAGCUGCUUGUUUACAACACUAGAUGAUGAAGUAUCUUAAUCAAUUUCGCUUUAUGGAAAAUCACUGAAGUUUUUGGAAUCCUGCAAGCACCGCAUACAGCACUUGGCAGUCAUGAAAGCCCCAUAUCUUUAGAAAUCAGCUUUUAUAGAAGUUGUUUGGGUUUGCAGUUAAUCUUUUAAAUUGCCUGUUUAAUGGGAAAUUGUACUUGGGAAAGCAGACUGAUUAGGUUAGAGUGGUAAUGGUUAUUAGUAUACUAAUUCCAGAAUGAGUUCAUAUUGCAUUUAUUUCAAAAUAGGCAAUAUCUUUGGAGAAGGUGGUACAUAAGAAAAAUUUAAUAAAUAAAUAAAAUGUGAGAUGAUUGCCUUUCAAAAAUAGCAUGCAAAUUUUUUCAGUUCAUUGCAAGCUAUUCAUUGCACUGAAUUAACUUCAUUCUGCAUUCAGAAUUGUCCCAUCCACAUGUCUAGCAUAAGGUUGGUGUUAAGCUGUCAUCAGGUAUACUAUAUAGAUGAGUCUAUUACAAAAAAUAAAUAAAUUCCAUGCAAUGCAGUGAGUUUCUGCAGUACAGAAUAGCAGCUAAGUUCCCUGUGUAUUGAAAACAUUCCAAAUCAUUGCUCUGAUUUUUUUUUUCAGGUGGUGGUUGUAUAAUUCAGUGUCACCACUGGCAGCCAGGUGUGUUCUUUCUCCAGUGCCUAAUCCUGGUGACUAAACUAUACAAAGCAGAUAAUUGCUUUUCUUGUUAGGAGCUACUAGUAGGUAAUUUCUGGUGAGAAACAAAGGGUGUCAACUUUACUGCCUUUGCUUCUAGGAUAGUGUAGGCAGUGUAAACAUUCCUUUCUGUAACUAGCAUUGCUGCACAUGGGUCAAUAUUUGUACAUUGAAAUGCAUGAGCCCUGUUGCAUUGGACAGUGUUCAGAAUAUUGAACAUUUCAAAAAUGUCCUGAACCAAAAUAAAAGUUGUAGUUGAACUUGCAAAUCUGCAUAUUAGCAGUAAUUGCAGACUAGAACUGUUCUAUUGUACAGCUUCUAACUAUAGUUAAUAUUGCCACAGUAAUACAGUAUUUCCAUAACCACUUCAGUAUCUUUAUGUGCCACUUCAAGAAGAAAAUAUUGUCUCAGAGCAUGCCUUAUUCUUUUCUCCUGUUGUCACAUACUGCAAUAUAUUGCAGAGUCAAUAUUCUGAAACGGAAUAUAUUGUGUAGAUCUUUUCCUUUAUGCUUUAGCUCUCAGAUUGUAUGGAAGAUGUUCAAAGUUGUUACUAUGCACUGGUUAGUGUUUGAAGAAAUGGAGCAAGAGGUAGUAUUCCAGUAUAUUCAAAUGUACCAUGAAUACUUGAUCAAGAUAGAGGCAGCCUCUUAGAUGCUCCUACCAACUGUAAUGGCAGCCUUUCCAGAACUCUUAUUUUGGUAAAUACUUUUGGGUGUAUUUGAUUGGAAUGAUGUAUCCUUUCAGGAUAAUUUUUGACAUGAAGGAAAGAUCCAAAACAUCAAAUUUGGCACCCCAAAGCAUGUUAUUUUGGUAGUUUUAAAACUGAUCUCAGUGAAAUGCAACUUGGAAUUCAAGAGAGAGGCAGCCUCUCCUAAGUUUCUAAAAAUAUAUAUUUUGUAAAGGAAAAAUUACACCCACACAAACAUGCACUGGUACAUUUACAGUUCAGAUUUAUGUGGUGUUCUGAGCAGCACUGUAUUGUUUCUGAUUGAAUUGACACAUACUCUAGUUCAGCUAUAGUUGUGACUACGUUCCAUGAGAAGCAAUGGCACUUACCAUGCAGUGUGAUCCCAUGCAUGUUUACUUGAAGACAUUGUUCUCACUGAGGUUAAUAUAUUUGCACCUGGACUGUACCAUUUCAGACUUCAAGGACUUGUCUGACUAGAUUGGAAGAGAAGAUGAUGUUGAAAACUACCAUGUCAAUUAGAGUCUAGAACCCUUAUUCCUGACAUGCUAGCUUAUUAUGUGAAAAACAUUUUUAAGUAGAGUAGUACUCAAUCAAGUGAGCCCUUGACUUGCAAUCUGCCAUGGCACAGCACAGGCACAGGUCUAACACUUCAGAAUAAGGCCAGAGCUCACUGGGACUUCCUUUCAAGUAAGUUUACUUCCAAGUACACAUAUUACUUGAAUACCAUUUGGUAUGACUUUUUCUUUCAAAUGACAAAUAUUACUAAUCUGAUAUGGAGCUACAUUUGCACUUUUUUUUAGUUCAAAUCAAAACUGUCCAAUGAAUUACUAUACUCAAAAUAGUUACCAGAGUAUUCUUGAAGAUGCCAUCCAAAGUUUAAUUACACUUCUUUUUGUUGGUUCAUUCUGAGAGAAGAUGUCAUAUCAACUGUCCUCCCAAAAUGUUUUGUUGUGGAAUAUCCCAAAAUAUGGGAUUUGCACAUUAAAAUGUUUAUGCUGAAAACUUUAUCCUUGAGGGAAAAUUGAAAUAUAUUGUGUUACUUAUUGUCUGGGUCUUCCAGGCAGUACUGAUUUGUUUAAAUUUUUAUUAAUUUGAAAGCUGGUGAUAAAGUAGAUAUAGUUUGAUCUCAAGCAAUAAUUAAGUUCACUGCAUAUGCUUAUUCAUAUUCCCUUCAGUUUCCUUUACCCACUCUAGUCUGAAUUUACUAUUUUGUGGUCUGCAGUGUGAGGCGUAUCUGUCUUACUUUGGCAGACUUGAAACAUAUAUUAAGAGAAUACUCAUUCUUCACUCAAACAGCCAGUUUUAACUUGUGCUCCUUGUAUUUGAGAAAGCUUUUGUGUGUUUGGUAUGGAGGACUAAUGGAAUACUAGAAAUCAUAAUUUGAUAAAGGAGUGUUUAUAUAUUUUAGAUUAUUGCCUCAUAAAUUAAAAUGUGUACAACAAUAUGCAAAUGCAUUUGCCCAUAUAAAGUUCUCAAUCUGGUGUGCAAAGACCUCUUUCAUUCAGGAGAACUGGAUGUUGGCCAUGCACACUGUUACCUUCCGUUACUUGGGGAUAACCUACUAACUGUAGUGGGUCUUCUGCAAAUAGGUUCAGACAGUAGUAGUUAAAAUUGUGAGAUGAUUGAGUCCUCAAGGGACACAAUGUCCUACAAGACUAUCCUUCAGGUGAUGAAUUGUAUAACAGUAUGGUGGUAUAAGUGAGAUGUGCAAUCUUUUAAUACUACACAUUUUUAGUAGGGAACUUGGAACGUCUUAGUUCCUCUCUGUUCUUUCUGGUGGACUCCUGCACAAAUAGUUUUAGGUCUGCCAAAUCUGGACUAAAUCUAGAAGAGAUCCUAGAGCUCAGUUCAGUUGGGAUAUCUUAUGGCGGCUUUUUCUGCUUUGGAUAUGCCUAGGGUGAUGUGGGGUAAACAUCAUCAUUUGUUACCAUGGUACAAGCUUAACAUGGCCUGGAGGAGUCCCAUUUUUAAAAAAACUUGGCUUUACUAUCUUGUUUCCUCUUGCAUCAUAAACUAAUAAAUGACACAUUUUCCCAUACUUGCAUUUUUCUCAGUAUAGCCAGGGAGAAUAGUGGUUAGUCUAAAGCUUUUGACUUGAUACAGACCUUUACUUUGGAUCUCUUCUCUAGCCUUGAGAAUAAAGUGAUGUUCAAAGGCUUGAAUGUUCCUAUUGCAGAAAGGUUUGAAGCACAGAUGUUGUAUAAAUAAACGUGGAUUUUGCUCAGAUCUAAACCCAGAUUUAAUUUAUAUUGUUUUUGUAUUUGUUGUAUUAAACUAUUGAAGUAUUAAAUAAAAACUAAGCUAAAAAGUUUGAA